AAUGAGCGACGGGAGUCGUCCUACUUAUGACGAUGAUUCAAUUGAUGAACCUCUGAAUUUGGCAACAAAAGAAAAGCGUCUAGUGGAAUUUACGGACGACGAACUAGUUCAACUAUCCGUCAGAGAUUUGAACAGACAGUUAAGGGGACUUCCUCGGGAGGACGUCCUCAAAUUGAAACAAAGAAGAAGAACUUUAAAAAAUCGUGGCUACGCUGCCAGCUGUCGCGAAAAGAGGUUAACUCAAAGAGAGAAAUUGGAACUGGAGCGUGAUCAUUUAAAAGAUGAAGUGUUCAGUUUGAAGGAGGAAAAUGAUGAAAUGAGAUCUCAAUUGAGGUCGAUGCAAUGUAAAUUGCAAGCCUUGGAACGUUUGGCCGUCUCGGCCAAACGUUUUGUUUAA